AGUCUUUACUCUUCUUCCUAUUUCAAUUUAGCAGACUUGGACAAAGUCUUUGCUGCUUUUUCCUCGAAGGAUAGUAAAUGACCAUUGGCCGUUGCUUUAUGCUAUUUAAUAUCUGAAUUUGCUGUAGGAGGAACCAGCCAUCUUCUUCUUCUUUUUUCUCAUCUCUUUCUCUUACACUCACGACCAUAAGCCGUAGUGUGAGAAAAAAGAAGAGGAAGAAACAUCAAACAAUCAAGAACCAGAGAUGGAUUACGAUCCAGCUCAUGCCAUGAGCAGAGGAGGUAGCAUGCGGCAAAGCAUAAGCCGUAGCGUAAGCAGAGCAAGCAGAAACCUCGAGGACAUAUUCUCACCGAGCGCAAGAAGAACCAAGUCAACCAACGAAGACGAAGAAGCUCUCAAAUGGGCAGCCAUCGAGAAACUCCCGACAUACAGCCGUCUCCGGACAAGCCUCAUGCCCGCGCUAGGGGAAGACGACAUCUAUGGUAACCAGAUCCUCAACAAAGAAGUCGACGUCACCAAGCUCGACGGCGAGGAACGUGCGAGGUUCAUCGACGUAGUCUUCAAAGUCGCGGAGCAAGACAACGAAAGGAUCUUGACCAAGCUCAGGAACAGGAUCGACAGAGUUGGGAUCACGCUUCCGACGGUGGAAGUGAGGUACGACCAUUUGACUGUGAAAGCUGACUGUUACACGGGUGAUAGGUCUCUUCCUUCGCUUACUAACACGGUGAGGAACAUGGGAGAGUCUCUUCUUGGCUUGGUCGGGAUCCAUCUUGCUAAAAAAGCGCAGCUUACGAUUCUUAAAGAUGUUUCUGGGAUUGUUAAACCUUCGAGGAUGACGCUUUUGCUGGGUCCUCCCUCCUCUGGGAAGACAACGCUUUUGUUGGCUCUUGCUGGGAAGCUAGACAAGUCUCUUGACAUCUCAGGGGAAGUAACUUACAAUGGUUACCGCCUUAACGAGUUUGUUCCUAUCAAAACCUCUGCUUACAUUAGCCAGAACGAUCUUCAUGUCGGUAUCAUGACCGUUAAGGAGACUCUUGAUUUCUCUGCUCGCUGUCAAGGCGUUGGUACCCGUUAUGAUCUAUUAAACGAGCUUGCAAGGAGAGAAAAGGACGCUGGAAUUUUUCCAGAAGCUGAUGUUGACUUGUUCAUGAAGGCAUCUGCUGCUCAAGGUGUCAAGAGUAGUCUCAUCACUGACUACACUCUCAAAAUUCUAGGGCUUGACAUAUGCAAGGACACUAUAGUAGGAGAUGACAUGAUGAGAGGUAUCUCAGGAGGUCAGAAGAAGCGUGUGACAACAGGAGAGAUGAUCGUCGGACCAACUAAGACGCUGUUCAUGGAUGAGAUAUCCACAGGGCUUGACAGUUCCACAACUUUCCAAAUCGUGAAAUGCUUGCAACAGAUCGUUCACCUCACGGAAGCUACCGUGGUCAUAUCUCUUCUGCAGCCUGCUCCUGAGACGUUUGAUCUAUUCGAUGAUAUAAUCCUGUUGUCGGAAGGACAAAUUGUAUACCAGGGACCUAGAGACCACAUUGUUGAAUUCUUUGAGAGCUUUGGCUUCAAGUGUCCUGAAAGAAAAGGAACUGCUGAUUUCUUACAAGAGGUUACCUCAAAGAAAGAUCAAGAGCAGUAUUGGGUGGUUCAUCAGACCAAACCUUACAGAUACAUUACAGUGCCAGAAUUCGCCAGCAAAUUCAAGACGUUCCAUGUUGGUACCAAGCUCUCCAACGAGCUAUCAGUACCGUUCGAUAAAUCAAAAGGCCACAAAGCAGCUCUAGUGUUCGACAAGUACUCAGUGAAGACAUCAGAGCUUCUCAAAACCUGUUGGGACAAGGAGUGGAUGCUCAUGAAACGAAACUCCUUCUUCUACGUCUUCAAAACAGUCCAAAUCAUCAUCAUCGCCGCGAUCUUGUCUACUGUCUUCCUGAGAACAGAGAUGAACACAAGGAACGUGGCUGACGGGAACAUGUACAUGGGUGCACUCCUGUUCGGUCUGAUUGUCAACAUGUUCAACGGUCUUGCGGAGAUGGCUAUGACGAUACAGAGACUUCCCGUGUUCUACAAGCAAAGAGAUCUUUUGUUUCAUCCACCUUGGACAUACACGCUUCCUACUUUCUUGCUAGGGAUCCCAAUCUCAAUCUUUGAGACAACUGCUUGGAUGGUGGUGACGUAUUACUCCAUUGGAUUAGCACCAGAGGCUGAACGGUUCUUCAAACAGUUCCUCAUUAUAUUUCUGAUCCAACAAAUGGCUGCUGGGAUAUUCAGGUUCAUUGCAUCUAUUUGUAGAACCAUGACCAUAGCUAACACAGGUGGUAUGCUGGCUUUACUAGUCGUGUUCUUGACCGGAGGUUUCCUUCUUCCUCGCCGUGAGAUCCCGGUUUGGUGGAGAUGGGCUUUCUGGGCUUCUCCACUUUCUUACGGUUUCAAUGCCAUAAGCGUCAAUGAACUGUUUGCUCCUAGAUGGAUGAACAAAUUGUCUUCCGACAACACGACGAGGUUAGGGACAACGAUGCUUAACAUGUGGGAUGUGUUUGAUGAUGAGAACUGGUAUUGGAUAGGCAUUGGCGGACUGUUUGGUUUUGCUGUCCUGUUCAACGGUCUUUUCACACUUGCACUUUCUUAUCUAGACCCACUUGGGAAGCCACAAGCUAUACUCCCGAAAGAAGAAGAUGAAUCCAAGAAGGAGAUUCCAAUGGAGAAUGUGAGCACCAAGAAAGGAAUGGUUCUUCCUUUCACUCCACUAGCUUUGUCCUUUGACGAUGUUAAAUACUUUGUUGACAUGCCUGCGGAGAUGAGGGACCAAGGAGUUCAAGAAACAAGACUGCAACUACUAAAAGGAGUAACAAGCACGUUUAGGCCAGGAGUGUUAACCGCAUUGAUGGGUGUGAGUGGUGCAGGGAAGACAACCUUGAUGGACGUUUUAGCCGGGAGAAAAACAGGAGGAUACAUAGAAGGAGACAUAAGAGUGUCUGGUUUCCCAAAGAAACAAGAGACGUUCGCUAGAAUCUCUGGUUACUGUGAACAAACAGACAUUCAUUCUCCACAAGUUACCGUAAGAGAAUCACUUAUCUUCUCUGCUUUCCUUCGCCUUGCUAAAGAAGUAAGCAAAGAGGAGAAAAUGAUGUUUGUGGAUCAAGUGAUGGAGCUUGUUGAGUUGGUGGACUUAAAAGACGCCAUUGUGGGUUUACCGGGCGUCACUGGACUUUCAACUGAACAGAGAAAGAGGUUAACAAUCGCUGUUGAGCUAGUGGCCAACCCUUCAAUCAUCUUCAUGGACGAGCCUACUUCAGGGUUGGAUGCUAGAGCAGCUGCCAUUGUGAUGAGGGCUGUGAGGAACACAGUGGACACAGGGAGAACUGUGGUCUGCACCAUCCACCAACCUAGCAUUGAUAUUUUCGAGGCGUUUGAUGAGUUACUACUAAUGAAGAGAGGAGGACAAGUGAUCUACUCUGGUCCUUUAGGCAGAAACUCUCACAAGAUUGUUGAGUACUUUGAAGCCAUCCCCGGAGUGCCAAAGAUUCCUGAAAAGUACAAUCCAGCCACUUGGAUGCUUGAAGCUAGCUCCCUUGCCGCCGAGUUGAAGCUUGGAGUUGACUUUGCUGAGCUAUACAAGUCUUCUUCCUUAUGCCAGCGAAACAAGCAGCUGGUACAAGAACUUAGCGUGCCACCACAAGGAGCAUCUGAUCUCUACUUUGCUACACAGUUUUCACAGGACACAUGGGGACAAUAUAAAUCAUGUCUAUGGAAGCAGUGGUGGACUUAUUGGAGAUCUCCUGACUACAAUGUUGUCCGGUUCAUCUUCACCUUAGCAACCGCUCUUAUGAUCGGUUCUGUCUUUUGGCAAAUAGGAGGUAAGAGAUCAAACGUCCAAGACCUGACCAUGGUGUUAGGAGCAAUCUAUUCAGCGGUUAUAUUCGUUGGAGUGAACAAUUGCUCAACGGUGCAACCAAUGGUGGCAGUGGAACGUACAGUGUUUUACAGAGAAAAAGCAGCUGGGAUGUACUCAGCUAUACCAUAUGCUAUCUCCCAAGUGACUUGUGAGCUACCUUAUGUCUUCAUCCAGACCACGUACUAUUCUCUUAUCGUCUACGCAAUGGUUGGAUUCGAGUGGAAAGCUUCCAAGUUCUUCUGGUUCCUAUUCAUCAACUACACUUCUUUCCUCUACUGGACUUACUACGGCAUGAUGACUGUCUCCCUCACACCUAACCACCAAGUUGCUUCUAUCUUUGCAUCAGCCUUUUAUGGUAUCUUUAAUCUCUUCUCUGGCUUCUUCAUACCAAGACCUAAGAUUCCCAAGUGGUGGAUCUGGUAUUAUUGGAUCUGCCCUGUUGCUUGGACCAUAUACGGUUUGAUUACCUCUCAGUAUGGUGAUGUUGAUACUCCCAUCGCUUUCCCUGGGGGUCCUCCUAAUCUCACUGUGAAACAGUACCUUAAAGACCAGUAUGGUUUUGAGUCAGACUUCAUGGGACCUGUUGCAGCUGUCCUUGUUAUCUUCCCUGUCUUCUUUGCCUUUGUCUUCGCCUUCUGCAUUAGGACUCUCAACUUCCAGACUAGAUAAACCCCUGCGCUGUGUUUAUUUUUGGUGUUAAAUAUUUGUUGCAAUAAAACUUUUUAUUCCCUUCUUCUUUUAUUAUUUGUGAUAUACUGAAAUUUGUGAUGAUAUAAGUAUAUCAGUAUAUGUUAAUUACCA